ACGAUCCUUUCAUCGGAGCUGGAUAAUUAUGUGAAAUGCGGAUCGCGAAUAGUGGUCUUACUCGUUUGACGGACGGUAAAUAAGUCAUUCACGCGAAACAGAUAGCGGAAAAUCGACAGGCAGACAUACGUAAAUAAAAUUGCGAGAGCGGCUUUCGGUAUAAAAUUUGACCGCUCGACCGAUUUCGAUUUAGUACAAAUCUAAUCGCCAUCGAAUAGCUUUCCUUAAACAGUAUCCGGUUCAGUGACUUGAAUCAUUGAAGAAUAUAACAAGACGCAACAGUGUGACAUUCGUGAAGAGCAUCAGCUGAUCUUUAGUCGCUACUGUUAUUUCGCGGUCAUCGUUCAUGGGAUCGUUCCGAGACGUCACAAUUUCGUGCUCCCCACUAUUAUCCGAAAGUCUAACGAAGUGACUUCUUAUCAAUCAAUUAAAUAGGAGGAUCGUUACGGCCCGCCCGCAAAAAAAAAGAUACAUUUAGCUAUUGCUAUAUAAAGCCAGCAUUUUGACAACAUGCCGUCCAAACUCUAUUGUAUCAGCUGGAAGAAUCUGACGAGAGUUUCGCGACGAUCUGACAGCAAAAGGGAUUUCUCCAUCAGAUGUUUCAUUAACGACAAUCCGCUAAACUUAACUUCGAUUCAUAACCGGAAGAUUAAUCAUUCUGUUCAACAUUUCUUCUCACCUUCUAUUCUUGCGUUUGAAAAAGUCCGUAGGAUGCCGCACGCAGUCAAUAUUAAUAAUUCACAAAUGCCAAAAUUUAUUGUAACUCACGCGGCGAAAGAUCCCCUGAUAAAAAAUGGAUACGAUUAUAUUAAUAAAACACCAUUAAUAAAUGCAUGCACGAUAGAAAUCUCUACGAAACUUCGCCAUUAUAUCGAGGAAUGCGCCGCGCUUUGCUGUCCUAAGGAUAUUUACAUAUGCAAUGGUACAAACGCCGAAUAUAUGCAAAUGCUAAAAAUUCUCCAGAAAAAUGGGAUUAUCAAGAACUUGCCUAAAUAUGAAAAUUGUUGGCUGGCAAAAACUAAUCCUGCGGAUGUAGCACGCGUUGAAAAACGUACAUUCAUCUGUACAGACUUAAAAAGUGACACUGUUCCUACACCACGUGAAGGUAUAAUUGGAGAGCUUGGAAAUUGGAUCUCUCCAAAUGAUAUGGAACAAGCUAUCUUGGAACGUUUCCCAAACUGUAUGAAUGGACGUACCAUGUAUGUGAUCCCCUUUAGUAUGGGUCCCGUAGGAUCUUCGCUCUCAAAAAUCGGUGUGGAAAUCACCGAUUCGAUUUACGUAGUUUGCUCGAUGAGAAUAAUGACUAGGAUGGGAGAGAAAGUGCUCGAAAUUCUAGGAAACGAUGAUUUCGUUAAAUGUUUGCACUCAGUGGGUGUUCCAAAACAGAAUUCAAAAAUCAAUGUAAAUUAUUUAUGGCCGUGCGAUCCCGAGAGAACGAUCAUCCUUCACAAGCCAGUUAAUAACGAGAUAAUGUCUUACGGAAGCGGUUAUGGUGGAAAUUCUUUAUUGGGAAAGAAAUGCUUCGCGCUACGAAUUGGUUCGACAAUAGCCAAAAAGGAGGGCUGGCUCGCCGAGCAUAUGCUUAUAUUGGGUAUCACAAAUCCUAAGGGCAAAAAACGAUAUAUUGCCGCUGCUUUUCCGAGCGCAUGUGGUAAAACAAAUCUAGCUAUGAUGCAACCUAGUCUACCGGGUUAUAAGAUCGAGUGCGUAGGAGAUGAUAUUGCAUGGAUGAGAUUUGAUAAUGAAGGAAAUUUACGGGCCAUUAAUCCAGAGAAUGGAUUUUUUGGAGUCGCUCCUGGUACAAGCUCAACUACAAAUCCUAAUGCAAUGAAGACUAUCUUCAAAAAUACCAUCUUUACCAAUGUAGCGUCUACUAGUGAUGGAGGAGUGUAUUGGGAAGGCAUGGAGAAGGAAAUCGAUGAUAAUAUCAAGGUGAUGGAUUGGAGAGGUAACAAUUGGUUCAAAGGUUCCAAAGAACCUGCUGCUCAUCCAAAUUCAAGAUUUUGCACUCCGGCUAUACAAUGCCCAAUUAUCGAUCCUGCCUGGGAAGAUCCAGCUGGCGUUCCGAUCGAUGCUAUAUUAUUUGGGGGCCGAAGACCAGAAGGUGUACCUUUGGUUUAUCAAGCCCGAAAUUGGCGACAUGGCGUUUUUAUCGGCGCUGCAAUGAGAUCCGAGGCUACAGCCGCUGCUGAACAUAAGGGUAAAAUAAUUAUGCACGAUCCGUUUGCCAUGAGACCCUUCUUUGGUUAUAAUUUUGGACAUUAUCUCGCUCAUUGGUUAAGCAUGGAGCAUGUGAAAAAUGCUAAGUUACCAGCUAUAUUUCACGUAAAUUGGUUUAGAAAAGAUUCGGAAGGAAAAUUUUUAUGGCCAGGAUUCGGUGACAACUCUCGCGUCCUCGACUGGAUUCUUCGAAGAAUCGACGAAGAAGAUAUCGCCGAAGAAUCAGCUAUUGGCUUAUUACCAAAAUCAGGAUCUAUCAAUUUGGAAAAUCUCAACGAUAACGUAAAUAUGACGGAAUUGUUUAGACUUCCGAAAAAUUUUUGGCAGAAAGAGGUCAAAGAUUUGAAAGAGUACUUUGAUACUCAAGUGGGAAGCGAUUUACCCGACGCUAUUGCAAUGGAGCUAACUCGUCUCACUGAAAACGUUAAUAAUCUUUAAAUUUCUAAUUUGAUAAUUAUAUUUUCAUCUAUAGUUAUGUUCUUCAAGUUUUCGUAAUUUUAAUUUUAAAUUACGGAGUUGAAAUAAAAUUAGUAAUUUUUUAAAAAUAGUAAAUUUUUAAUAAUUUAAUAAUAUUUAAUAAUUAAGAUAUUUUUAUUGAUAUAAUAAUAAAAUGCGAAAAAUGUAAGAAAUUCUGCUUAAUGUAAAACGUUGUAUAAUAAGAUGCAGAAAAAAUAACAUUAACAAUUUUGCAUUAGA